GAAAUUGGGUAUCGACAGGCGGCCGUGCACACUACCACGGCGCCUGUUCAACGGCCAACAAAAGGAAGGCGAUUCCUUGACCAUGAGCUAUGUGAUAGCUUUACUCGACUUCUGCAUUGGAAUCUUUGUGUACGGAAAGGCAUAGGCAAGCGCCAGCGAAAAACAAUGUCGUCGUCAAACACCAACCUACUGGUCAACCUGGGCCUAUACUUCGCCAUCAACUUGUCCUUGAGCACAUGCAACAAGUUCGUGCUGAACGCUUUUCCAUAUCCAUGGCUUGUCACCAGCAUGCACGCCGUCUUCACUUCUCUUGGCUGUCUCAUCCUCUUGAUGAGAGGCUACUUCGAGCCUGCCAAGUUGACCAGGCAUGAGAAUCUGGUGCUCAUAGCCUUUUCAAGCUUGUUCACCAUCAACAUCGCCAUUUCAAAUGUGUCCCUCUCACUCGUCUCGCUGCCUUUCCACCAGGUCGUCAGGUCGACCACACCAAUCUUUGCAGUCCUCAUUUAUCGAGUGAUGUACUCACAAAGUUUCACCACGCCCAUUUAUCUCUCAUUGGUCGUUAUGACGGUUGGAAUUGCUGCUGCCACAUUUGGUGACUACUACUUCACCCUCAUGGGCUUCUGCCUGACCGUCCUGGGUGUUUUGCUUGCAGCUGUCAAGACUGUUGCUACGAACCGACUCAUGACCGGCACACUGAAGCUACACCCACUAGACAUUCUAUUGCGCAUGUGCCCACUUGCGGCUGUCCAGUCUCUCAUUUGUGCGGGCUUGGCUGGUGAGGUCACAGGAGUGACUCAGCAGUACACGGGAGUCAGCAUGCUGUGGCAGAGCCUCGGGUUGUUGCUCGCUGUCAACGGCAUGCUGGCUUUUGCCCAAAACGUCUCAUCAUUCCACACGAACAAGGUCGCUGGAGCACUCACGCUGACCGUCUGCGCGAAUGUGAAGCAGGUGAUGACGAUUCUUCUGGCCAUCGCCACAUUCCAUACUGAGGUGGGAUUCCUGAAUGGUCUAGGAAUGGCCAUUGCAGUGGGUGGUAGCGCGUGGUAUAGCUGGAUCAAGCUGGCAGAGAAGCAGCAAGAGACGCAGCGUGAGAAGAGCAUGAAGCUGCCACAAUGAUGACAGUGGCGAUCAACUGUAGAUAUAAGAUUGCACAGUACCAUUCAAUUCAAUGUAUAUUUAUUCUCCGUUUU